AUGAAGUAUGGUUACUUUCUUUGCGGCAUCGCGGCUAUAUUCACUGCAACUACAACAAUUUUGUUGACUACAGCAGUCUUCUGUAUUCAUAUUGCCACGCUUGAGGAAGAGAUAACUUUUCAGCUGGAUCAGCUCAAGAGAGAUACCGACCAAAUUUGGAGGGAAAUGAUAAGUAUUGAUAGGGAUUUUGAGACAUCAAGGAGGGUAAGGAGGGAUCUACAGGAAAUGCUGAGCACUGCAAAAAAUGAGGAGCCAUCAAUAUUAUCACUUCCUCGAUCCCCCUGCAUUUGUUCUGCUGGACAAACAUGUCCUCAAGGACCACCUGGUCCUGCUGGUGAAGAAGGACCUGAUGGUAUACAUGGUUUAGAUGGCGUUGAUGGAUACGAUGGAUUUGAUGCUCACCCAAGUGAACCAUCGAGAAUUAGCAAAGGGUGUUUCUUUUGCCCGCCUGGUCACCCAGGACCACAAGGACCUUCAGGAUAUCCCGGUAAACGCGGGUCUCGCGGUGCACAAGGAAGACCAGGACGACCAGGAAACAACGGACAACGUGGGUACCCUGGUGAGAUGGGUCAAUUUGGUCCGCCGGGGCAGGACGGCGAAGCUGGCAAGCCAGGCGCAAAUGGAAUCGACGGUGUUAAAUAUAUACCAAGACAAGGAAUUAAGGGCUUAAUGGGCGAGCCUGGACUUGAAGGGCCACCAGGGUUUCGUGGAAGGAUUGGAGCUGUUGGGAAAGGUGGGGAAGCAGGAUAUCCAGGAAUGACAGGGAUGAUGGGUAUGGAUGGCGAAAUGGGGCCUUCUGGACAACCCGGGCCAUCUGGUCGCAAAGGAGAGGAUGCGCUUUACUGUGGCUGUCUUCCUAGGAAUUCAGAACCAGACAUGACACAUCAUGGACUGAACAGAACUGUCUAG